GCGCGCGCCACGGCGGCAUGGCGGGGGAGCGGGCAGUCGGGCUGGUGCGGGAGCUGCAGAGCGCUGCGGGCGGGCGGCUGCCGCCUUUCCGGGCGGAGGAGCUGCGGCAGACGCUGGAGGAGAUGCGGACGCUGUACGAGAGGAACCAGGCGGAUGUGUCUGAAGCGAAGUCGGGGCGGACGGAUCUGAUUUUCCUCAUCCGGUUUCGGCACUGUUGCCUGCUCCGCAACCAGCGCUGCAUCGUGGCCUACCUGUAUGACCGGCUGCUGCGCAUCCGGGCGCUCCGGUGGGAGUAUGGAAGCAUCCUGCCCAACACCAUCCAGUUCCACAUGGCGGCCGAGGAAGUGGAGUGGUUCAAUCGGUACAAGAAGUCCCUGGCUACCUACAUGAGGUCAGUGGGAGGAGAGGAGGGACUGGACCUUACACAGGACAUAAAGCCUCCUAAAAGCCUGUACAUCGAAGUGCGGUGUUUGAGAGACUACGGAGAAUUUGAGAUCGAUGAUGGCACCACCGUCCUGUUGAAGAAGAACAGCCAGCACUUCUUGCCCCGCUGGAAAUGUGAGCAGUUAAUCAGACAAGGAGUCCUGGAGCACAUUCUGUCGUAAGCAUUCAGGACAGGAGGGACAGACAGCCUUUGCUUGGUGGUGUGUGCAAUGGGAAGAGAACCCCGGUGUGUGCAGGACUUGAGCCACCUCAGUAUUUCAGAGCACCUUUCAACUCUUCAUAACACCUUGACGUGAAGAUCAGCUCUGAGCUUAUAAAGUAUGCCAACCACAUUGGCCAGCACUUCACGACCAGAGGGUGCGAGCAGUAACAAAGUGUGCCUGAGAGUCCUGCAGUGGGUGGAGGGAUGUUUGUAAGCCCCACAGCUACAAGCAGGGUUUGUGAAUGCAGUUUUGCUUGGAGCAGUUCUUUGUGCCUUGGGAAGUAAGAGACUGACCAGCUGUGCCCUGGGAGAGCUCCACUGCUGCCAAAUAAAAAACUGUUUCAGCUUUCAAUGUUAA